ACUCCAGCAUAGGUGGCGGUAAUGCGCCUGGACGCUUGUUACUACGCGCCUUUAGAUAAAGACGAGGCAGUCGUAGCUGUUAGCUUGACAGCUAAGUUGGACAGUUGUGUUGUGUCUCUGUGAACAAGGUCAUGUUACAUGGCGAGUAGCACGGUCACCAUGCUUUGUGUAUGCUGGCUAAGAUGUUAAUAACGUUGUGCUACGUCUAUCUGUGGGUGCGCUUUCACAAGUGCUACUCGGUGCUGAUCCGCGACAGCCUGUCCAGACUGAACAGCAGCAGCUUCAGCUUCAGACUCUGCUCCAGCUCGGCCUCAGCACCAGCCUCAGCAUCGCCGGCUGGACGCCACACAGCCGCACGCCGGCAGCCCAGUCCGCCUCCACACGAGGACAACGUCUUCCUUCAGCUGGGAGACAAGGCUGUCUAUGUCACGGAGCCUCAGGCAUGUGAUGACCUCAGCAAAUGGACUGUCCUGUUGGGCUCCUCUCUGGUUUGUGGUCCACGAAUUGAGAAUAUUUCAUUCAUCAUAGAAGCUACAGGACACAGAGUGGGCUACCAUUCUCCUCACACAUCGAAUAAGAAAGUGCUGAAGUGGUCUGACUACUGUCUUCCUCUGGCCUGUAGCCCUGGACAGCCUUUCAGGGCGGUGGCUCAGGCCAGUGUCGAGAACUUCAGUCGGCUGGGAGUGGCUUUUAUCGAAGAUCGCCUUCAGCUGGACAAUGGACUUAUGCCUUCAAAGAUAAUCCCUGUCCUCCUCCAAGAGUCCACUCUCAGUGAACUGUUGAAGAAGCAGUGUCCAAAGACUGAGACCUCCCUCUGUCACCUGUCAGCUGACCAGCAGCUGCUACAGUGCCGCAAAGGCAGCCUUCUCCUCACCCCGGAAGUAAAGAGGAGGUUAGAGGAGCGGCGAGGAUCGGAGCCGCUCCGCAGCACCAAGGAUCUGGGACCUGUUUGUGACUCGGAGGACCACUCCCUGGGGAAUCAUCACCACAUGGAGGGCCAUAGACACCACCUGCAUCUGUCCAGCUGCCACGAGUGUUUGGAGCUGGAGAACAGCACCAUCCUUUCUGUCAAAUACGCCUCAGCUGAGAACAUUCCAGACCUUCCUGACGAUAACUCAGUACGGCUGGAUAGUGGAGAUGAGACUCUGGAUGAUAUUGAGCAUGAUGCCAAAGGUUUUUCUGGGCAAAGUGAUGGAUUUGACUGUAAUAACAAACCUCCAAAUAUUCUGCUGUACACGGGUGGUUGCCAAGAACGUUUUCAAGCAGUUCGUCAGCUUUUAUCAGAGUGCAUAGACUUGGAAAACAACAUAAUAUAUCCCCUCCAACCACAGCAGGCUCUGAGCGACCCCUGGCUGGACAACACCAGGCUCCUGGUACUGGCAGAGGAGGAAACCCUGACACCCCAACUUCAGACCCGUUUUCUUACCUACCUGAGCCAGGGUGGCAGGGUCCUGGGGCUGGCUUCCACACUGUGCCCUGCAGGCCUCUGUCUGGAAGUCAGGGAGAGGCGCCGUGGGCAGGUCAGCAGGCUGAGCUUCACCAGGGAGGACUGCACAGAGCUUGAACUGAGCGUGUUGGCGAGUGAGAGGGUUUACACCAGAGAUACUCAGGGAGGAGGGGAAGUGGAGCUCUGGGGAGAGCUGAAGGGGGACGUCCCUCAUCAGAGGGAUAUGGUUGUAGUCAGGGUAACCCACGGAGGGGAUGGCGGGGAAGCUGUCCUCUGUCAGGCCCACCUGGAAAUUGCUCCCGACUCCCAGAAUUUAACACCCGAAGGUUUUGAUGAACUGAAGGUCAGCAAUGUGCUGCGUCAUGAAGUCUUGACAGAGAUCCUCAUCUCUCUUGGCCUCAGCUGUGAGCUGAACCAGACUCCAGCCCCAAGCCCAGUGCACCUGCUGGCCACCUCUCAGGAGACUAAGGCCAGCUUCCUGACUUGGCUGCAGACACAUGCAGAUCAAAAUGGCCUCCUCACAUUGUCCAAGGCCUCCCUCGCACUGGUGUCCUGUUCUGAGCUGCAGGAUGGUCCUUCGCUGCCUGAGGGUUCUCUGGCCCUGGUCACCAACUCUUCAGAGUCCCAGAGCUGGCCGCAGUUCAGUAUGGAGAUCUACAGCAAGAACCUGAAGAGCAGCCUCCUGGGACACACCCUGCUGUACGCUGAGGUCCUCACGUCUACCAUGGACCUGAUGCAAGGACUGACUCUGCACUUACCAAAGGAUGUGGGUUUAAUUGCAGUCGCUGCUCGACAAAGUCGGGGCAGAGGUCGAGGCGGGAACGCCUGGCUCAGCCCUCUGGGAUGUGCCAUGUUCACUCUGACGCUCCAGGUUGAGCUGAGCUCCAGGCUCGGACAGAGGAUUCCCUUCCUGCAGCAUCUGGCUGCUCUGGCGGUGGUGGAGGCUGUUCGCACACUUCCUGGAUACCAGGACAUAGACCUGAGGGUGAAGUGGCCCAACGACAUCUAUUACGGUCACCUGAUGAAGCUCGGGGGAGUGCUGGUGACGUCCACUGUAAUAGGAUCAACGUUUCAUCUGCUCAUAGGCUGUGGGUUCAACGUGACAAACAGCAACCCAACAGUGUGCAUCAAUGACCUGAUCCAGCAGUACAACCUGAGGCAUAACUGCAGCCUGCAGCUGCUCAGCUGUGACCAGCUCAUCGCUCGCUCUGUCAGCUUCCUGGAGGCCCUCAUCAGCAGCUUCCAACAGGGGGGCCCAGACGCCGUCCUGCCCACCUACUACAAGAGAUGGCUUCACAGCGGGACGCGGGUGCAUCUCUGGAGCGAGGACGGACUGGAGGCUGAGGUGGUGGGUCUGGAUCACAAUGGCUUCCUCCAAGUGCACAACAAGGAGCAGGGCGUGGUCUCAGUGGAGCCGGAUGGGAACUCCUUCGACAUGCUGAAGAACCUGGUGGUCAUCAAGCAGCGUUAGGACCAAAGACAGAAUAAUCGUCUGUCAAUAGACUGAUCCAAUAACGGAGUCAUUUAGGAACAUGUUAUGUAACUAUAUUAAUGUAUCCAUGUUUUCUAAUUGAUUAAUACAUCACUAAAUAUAUUCCUGGUUUACAGUGGGAGUAUUGUGUAGCUUCUUCUUAUGUUAACCUGACAUGCAUUCGAACUAGUGGGGCUAAUUUGUUGGAAGAUCUACAGUGAUGGUAAGUGGGUCACAAGGCAGCUACAGGAAGUAAUAUCUGCAUCAGUGGUGGCUCACUGGCACAUACAGUUGGAAUAGGACCUGCUGAUUUGGGACCACCAGUUCAAACCAUUGUCUAACAACUUGUGCUACUUUCUGGGAGCAAUCCACCUUGUACCCCUCAUCUGAGGUUACAUAUGAACAGUGGUCAUUGCAGCUGUUGCCCAUUUGACCAAAAUAAAGAUUUCCACAGACA